UUAUCUAUAUAUGAAAAGCUCAGCAGUGUGGAGUUCUAUGUUCCUACGCUAGUGUAAAAAGAAAAGAAAUACGGCGUUACUUCUUUGCGAUAAAACAAUAUUUUCUUUUUUCACAUUGAGUUUUAAUAGAAUGUUAGAAUAUCAGACAACAUAAUAUUAUAAUUUGUUUUAGAUAUUUUACAUAUCAAAUGUUUGGUUAUUUUAUCCAGCAUUGUGUUUUCGUUAGAAAAUGAACGACGUUGUACGUUUUUAAUAAGAAAAUUCAAUAUAAAGCAGUCUCAUCGGAAAAAGUAAAUAUUCCUUUAAAAGUAUUUUAUAAGAUUUCUGCAAUAUUCCAAAUGGACGAGAAACAAGCAGAAAAUGCAAUUUCUGUGGGCUGUUUAGAUAAUAUCAGCUUGCCUUCGGUCACAGCUGAUUUAGAAAUGCUUACUAUAAAUGCUAAUCCACCGUCUACAGAAACUAAAAGAGUUCUUAGGAAAAGAUUACCAAAAUCUGUUUCUCCAGAAAAUUAUAAGAGAAGAUGUACCUUGAGACCAAAAAAGAAGAUACAGCAUCUUUAUCUUAGCGAAGAAAAUAUCGAAGAGUAUUAUUUAGACAAAAAAAUAAAGAAGAGAUCGAAUAAUCUUGAAACGAUAUAUGAAGAAGGUGAUAAUGCGAAUGACGAUGCUGCAAUACGCAUGAGUGCCAAAAGAUUCAAAAGAAUGUUACUGUUUUCACCUACAAAUUCCAAACUGAAAAGGAGACGUGCAAAAAUACAAAAGGCCUUUGGAUCUAAGAUUAAGUUAAAAAUGUGUGGUUCAAAGCAGAUUGUUAUAGAUAAAUUAGACACUAUCAGAGAAAAUUCACCGAUGAAAAUUGAUAGUGAACUUAAAUGAUACCAAGCUGUUCUAUAUGACAUGUUUACAUGUUAACUGCUAUUUUUUUCAAGGUUUCUGAAUAAUGUAUUGUGCUAUUUUUUUUAGGAUUUUAUAAAUUGUUAGUUUCUGUACUUCUGGCAUAAAUACUGAGAUAAAAGAGAUUGUAUUAACCCCUUAACCUGCAAGCUUGAGUUAACUCUGGCAAGUGGUACUAGCAGAAUUGUGUUAGCCUGAGUUAACUUGGGCAUGAAAAAUAAUUUAUACUAAAGUUAUUUUCGUAUAUAUAUUUGAUGAAUGUAGGUGAUAAAAGGUUCAUCAGGAAUGUUUAGCUUUGUUUACUAUAUGAUCAGCUGCUAAAAACUAUGUUAAGAGGUUAAUACAAAGUAUUUCAAUUGUAAUAUUUGAUAAAUAAAAAUUUCUUUAUUAAAAAUAUUA